AUUGUGGGAUCUGUCCGCCCUAGCGGAGCCGAACGGCGCUAGUCAUGGGGAUCCAGCCGAGCCCGGUCUUGCUAGCCUCUCUGGGGGUGGGGCUGUUUACCCUGUUCGGCCUGGCUCUGGGUACCUACUUGGUUCGAAGAUCCCGCCGGCCACAGGUCACUCUCCAGGACCCGGAUGAGAAGUACCUGCUGCGAUUGCUGGACAAGACGACAGUGAGCCACAACACCAGGAGGUUCCGCUUUGCCCUGCCCACCGCCCACCACAUUCUGGGGCUGCCUGUGGGUAAGCACGUCUACCUCUCUGCCCGAAUUGAUGGCAGUCAGGUCAUCAGGCCUUACACUCCUGUCACCAGCGAUGAAGACCAGGGCUAUGUAGAUCUUGUCAUCAAGGUUUAUCUGAAAGGUGUGCACCCCAAAUUUCCUGAAGGAGGGAAGAUGUCUCAGUACCUGGAUAGCCUGAAGAUUGGGGAUGUGGUGGAGUUCCGGGGGCCGAGUGGGUUGCUCAGUUAUGCUGGGAAAGGGAAUUUUAACAUUCAGCCCAACAAAAAAUCCCCACCUGAACUGCGAGUGGCUAAGAAAUUGGGAAUGAUUGCUGGCGGGACAGGAAUCACCCCAAUGCUGCAGCUGAUCCGGGCCAUCUUGAAAGUCCCUGAAGAUCCAACCCAGUGCUUUCUGCUUUUUGCCAACCAGACUGAAAAGGACAUAAUCCUGCGGGAGGACCUAGAGGAGCUGCAGGCCCAAUAUCCUAUCCGCUUUAAGCUCUGGUUCACCCUGGACUACCCUCCAGAAGACUGGACCUACAGCAAGGGCUUUGUUACCGCCGACAUGAUCCAGGAGCACCUGCCUGCCCCAGCAGAGGAUGUGCUGCUGCUGCUUUGUGGGCCACCACCUAUGGUACAGCUGGCCUGCCACCCGAACCUGGAUAAGCUGGGCUAUUCACAGAAGAUGCGAUUCACCUACUGAGCACCGAGAGGCCUCCCUAUCCCGUGUGUGCAGUUGUCCCUAGUCGAUUCUCCAACACCAAGAGGCCGCCUAGGGCCCUUGCUGAGAGCAUCAGCCCUUGGUGUCUCAUCCCGGAAUCUGGGUGCUUGCAGAAGCAACACUCCCCCAGCUAUGGUAGAAGCAGGUCAAGGCUAAGUCACUCCCUUGCAACUUCCCUUAUCGUAAUCUCCUUGUGAUAAAAGGUCCAGAUGAGGCUCAAGGAGCAGUCUCUAGGGCCAGAAAGAAGGGAGCAUUUGUUACAAGGCUACCUAGUUUUUGAGAGCGUCAUGGUCACCUCUGUGACCGUGGUGAAAUGGAUGGACUGGACAGCAUAUUUUGCUCUAUCCUCAGCAUUUCACCCACUACUUAAAUGAGUACAGGCUGAGCAGGCUUAUAUACACAGUCCUACAGAAACCGUAGAAAAGCAAUUAUUUGCCAGAAUUCUAAACCUCAGAGGUUUAGGGAUGUGUGUGUGUGUGUGUGUGUGUGUGUGUGUGUGUGUGUGUGUGUGUGUGUGUGUGUGGAGAGAGAGAGAGAGAGAGAGAGAGAGAGAGAGAGAGAGAGAGAGUGAUCAGCCCCUGCCCAGGCUGGAGUGAAAUGGUUACCCGCAACUUAAGAUUACUGCUUGUACAAGGAGUAUCUGGCUGUUAAAUAAAUGGAGCUAAGGCCCUGAUGAUCUCAAGGA